CCAUCGCUAGCAACACCUUUAUUUUUUAUUUGUCAAUUGACAGAAGAAGACGCAAAUACAAUAACACAACACAGAAGACUUCUACAAAGGAAUGCAAAAAGCAUCACAUAUAGCCCGACAACAUUCCCAGGACCAUAUAGCCCCCGAAUUCAUACCCUCCGUCAACAUGAAACGCAGAACGCUGUCUGGAAGCUGUGGCGUGGGAUUUUUUGUGCUGGCAUUUGGUUUCAUAGCAAUUGCCUUUGCCACACCCAGCUGGCUGGUAAGUGAUUAUCGUAUUACUGGAGCCAAAUUGGAACGUUUGGGCUUGUGGGUGCAUUGUUUCCGUUCACUGCCCGAUGUAAAUGACGAUAGUCAGCGACGUUUCUUUGUGGGCUGCAGAUGGGUCUACGAUCCAUUUACAACGGGCUACGAUGAAAUACGUGGUUUCUUGCUGCCUGGCUUCAUGAUUGCAACACAGUUCUUCUUUACGCUGGCCUUCGUGGGAAUGUUGGUGUCGGCUAUAGGUGUGUUGGUGUUCUUUUUGUGUGCAGGGCCAGAUCAAAAGCAUUUCGUCAAGCUGAUACGAGCCAUUGGAUUUACGGUGCUUGGAGCUGGCGUGUGUGCCAGUUUGGCGGUCAUUAUAUUUGCUUCAUUGGGUAAUCGUAACAAUUGGAUGCCUGAACAUGCCAACAACUGGUUUGGUUGGUCAUUUAUUUUGGCCUGUGUGGGAGCAGUAACAGCUCUGGUAGCUGGUACGUUGUUUCUCACCGAGUGCUAUGUACAAAAGCGCAAAAGGACAUUGUUUAAGGAGUCUCAGACCAGAUUUGAAAUGAUGCACGGUGGAAAGUAACGAAGGACAACAAUAACCAAAUGUAAAACAAAUGCAUACAACAUUAAGAAGUCAUUUGCAUCCCACCCAUUGAAAAGAAGGCAACUACUACAAAUAUGUAUCCUCAGGAUUAUAAGCUAAACAGAGACAACCAACCAUUCCAAGUAUCUGAAGAAAAACAAACAAAAAACAAAACCUCAACUCCCUCCAGCUUACAACACUACCAGUUGGUACUUAUGCUCAUACAUAUCUACAUUAUUGCGCCAGUGAAGAUAGCAUUUCAUUAAUACAUUCCAGUUAAGACUGAUCGUAGAACUUUUAAAACAGCGGCAGCUCUACAAGGUGGUGACCUAACUAAGCUCACAUCACCGCCUCCUCCUCCGUCCAUACCAUAGAAAGUAGUACGAGCAAAGACAACGAAUGAAUGUAGCAGACCUUAGUAAUUACAUAAUAAUUAUUGCAUGUCGAUCGAAUUAAUUUAAUAAUCAUGCAAAAAAUCACUUAAUUCAAAUGAUAUUGGGGCUCCUCAAUGUUGAAUGCAGAUGAAUCAUAUCAGCAAGGCAGCAAUCAGUCAGUCAGCCAGCCAGCCAGCCAAUAACGACAUGAGCUAGCUGUUGGCGGAAUUUUGCACAAACAUACAAUGAAGGUACCCUCCAGAGCGCAAAACUACAUGCAUUUCUUCUCAAUUUUAUCUAUUUCGAAUCUCUAAUAUUUUUCUCGAAUCGAAUCGUUUUACAACAGUUUUGUCGAAUAGAAUGCAGCAGCAGUGUUUUUGUGUAAUGUUUGUUUUUUUAUUUUAAUGUGCCUUAGAUAGUAUUGUAAGCAUAGUUUGAUUAUAUUUUUGAAACCCCCUUUAUACAAAUAAUAACGAGUAACAAAACGACCACUUAGCAUUUAAGUACAAAAUUCUUUGAAUCUAAUACAUAUCUUUAUUAGAAUUAUACAUUCCAUUGAAGAAACGACCGAAGAUUAGAAUACAAACUGCAUCAAAUGACCUUAGCGUCUGUCUUUUCACAACUGUCAACAGUUCGAGUUGUGUCUUAGUUUAUUUUUUGCGACAAUAGGUAUUUGUUUGUAGGUAUAUAAGUACGUAUAUAUAUGUAUUUUUUAUUAUUCAAGAUUCCGUCCAUGUUUACAAAUUUAAAUAAAAAUCUUUUUAUUCGAAAA